AUUGCGGAACCACAGUGAAAACAACUCUGCGAGCGGCAACACUUAAUUGGUAUUCCGCUUGUUGCUAUUCGUAAGUACAUACCGCUGAACUUGAUUUUACUUCUGCUAGAAGUGAUUGAAAAUUGGCUUUCGUUUUCAACUUUCAAAUUUCAAUUUACUUUUUAACUCUACUAAUCGAGUUGGCUGAAUCUCUCGCUGAACUUCCUUUAAUAUAGAGUUUGAUUGUAUUAACUAGUCGGUUUUUAUUUUAAUUUGGAUUGCAAUAUGGAAUAAUUUUAUUGUUUUCCCCCCUUACUGCCAAAAAAAAAUUGGACUGCUUACGAUUACUGUUUAACAUUCAGUUUUGGAUAUUAUUUUAAUUACUUCACUUAAUAUUUUUAUUAAGGUAAAAAGUGAGUUAAUUAUUCAAAACAGUCUGUCUCUGAUAGGAAGUUUACUUAUUUUCUAAACACUGAAUUGUUUGAUUAAUUUUUUUUACCUUUCCUCAGAACAUCGAUAGAUAAUACAAAUAUAGCUGCCCAUAUUGGAAAUAAGAGGGCAUUUUCGAAUCUAUCUGCUGUCAGUUUAAGCCGCUAUGAAUCUGUUCAGCAUCACAGGAAUAAUAUUCUUAUGUAUCAACGUAUCAGAACAGUGUGCUCUUCCAUACUGGUGGACAGAGCAAUACCACUUUUUGCCUUACUACCCACAAGCCGGACAACCUAAAACCACGUAUAAAUAUCGUGAAACUUUAUAUCAAGCGGAUCCUAAUAACUAUGUUCAUCACCGGGAGUAUAGUGAGUAUACUUGGUGGGAGCAUGAUACAUCCAACAGUCAAGAAUUUGGCAACGGCUUACCUCUAGAUUUUCACCAUGUAACUAAUGCUGUGUUUUCCAAAGAUGGUAAAAUUGGUGGAAUGCAUCCUGGAGGAGUGAAAAGAAUUUUACCUCAGGGUGGCACAAAAGGAGGUGUGCCUCACGGUGGCACUAACGGAAUGGUACCACGUGGUGAUACUAAUGGUAUAGUCCCCGCUGAUGGAACCAAUGGAAUGUUCCCUCAAGAUACUAAUGGCAUAAUUCCAGCUGAUGAAACAAACGGAAUGACACCAGAGGAUUCGGUAAACCGCAAGUCUGAUGCUUUACCAACACCCAAUCCAGACAGGGAAACUAACGAAAAUGAACGUGAAGUAAUAUCUAAAAGUGGUGAUAUUGAAGGUAAUGAUUUGGAAACGGGUGGGUCUAAACCAUCAUCCAGAUUAGUUGAAGCUAAUACCAAUGAUGGUUAUUUCUACAACUGGUUUGGAAGAAACGCUGUUAAUGAAACACAGCCAUGCAAAGUAUCGGAAAGUAAUUUGCAGUCAUUGAGAAGUAUGAUUGAAAAGAUGUUUAGCUUUCCCAGAGAGCACACAGAAAGCAAAGAAAAGGCCAGAGAAGACAUCCUGAGAAAAUUCAAGGAAUUCGGUUUGCAAGUCUGGACGCAGAAUUUCACAACUCCUCCAAUCAAGAAUCCGAAUGGCACUGAAGAAUACAAUGAAGGCGUGAAUCUGGUGGGUGUAAUACCUGGCUCGCAAAGAGGCCAUCUUGAUGAUGAAAUAGUUCUCGUAGGUGCUCAUUAUGAUACUGUUGCAGAUUCCAACGGAGUGGAUGACAAUGGAAGCGGCUUGGCUGUGAUGUUGGAAGUUGCACGUGCAAUAACAGAUGCCCGAUGCAGGUUGAACAACACUCUUAUGUUUGUGGCCUUCGACCACGAGGAAAACGGGGCUAUGGGAAGCAACUAUUUCGUUGAUCAUUAUCUGAUACCAGAAGAGCUAAAGAGAGCAAGAGCUAAGUUCCAGGGAGCUUUCAUACUGGACGGAAUCAUGAAUUAUAAUGACGUGCCUAACACUCAAGAUCUUCCCUUGGAUUAUGCUGAGUCUUUACCAGGUCUGCAAUACUUUGUCAAUAAUACGGGAAACCGUGGCAAUUUCCUGGCUAUGAUUUCUAGGAAUGAAAUGGAUAAUCAUCUGAGUCAAAAACUUAUGAACGCAUGGCAAGAUUUGGGAGAUCACCAAUACAAGUUAUUUAAUUUAGCCGUCGAUAUGGGCAACAAUAUACCAGAUCCUUCCACUAUACAACGGCAUCUGAACUUUUUGAGAAGCGAUCAUGCCACGUUUUGGUACCACAAUUCAUCGUCACAUUUUCCAGAAUCUCUGAAUGCUGUCCUAUUGACAGAUACAGGUCCAUUCAGAGGCCAAAUGAAAGAAUGCUACCAUAACAAGUGUGAUGACCUUACAGUAAUAUCUCCCGAAAAGCUACAGUUUGCUAAGAAGACUGCUGACGCUCUAACUGCUACCUUGGUGGAAUUAACUAGCGCAACUGGAGCAGGAAAUAUUAUUCAGUCAUCUUGGAUAUUGUAUGCUCUCCAUGCUAUUGUUCUAUAUUGUGGAGCAAGAAGUUUUCAGAAAAUGUGCUAAAGACUUUUUCAAGAUGAUUAAAAAAAAAAAAAAGAAGAAGAAGAAGAGUUGAACAAAUUUGCCAACACAUGUCUUUAGUUCCAUUUUAAACCAGCUACGAAAAUUUAACUUCUAUUUCAAUAAAUAUGCUGACUGAUAUGUGUCAUACAUUUUGAGGAAUGCUAAAAUUAAACUGAAUUUUUUUUCAUUUGUUUCCCCUUUUUCGGUAACACCAUCACAAUGGAAAAUGUCUUCACACUAUAGAGUCUUAAUAUGAGAUCCUUAUUAUGUAAAACUUCUAUUAGUCUUACACAGAUACAUUUAAAUGUAUUUAUUGUUCUUCUAGUAAUACAUAUAAUGGUGAUAAACUGCUAAUUUACGUUUUUACAUGCUGUUAAAUUUCAAUUUAUGAUGGGCUUUUACUAUGUAUUGUGUAUUGUCUUGUUGAUUAAAUAAAGUAUAUGGAUAUUACAGA